AUUCUUGCUUCCCCUUGUCUUCAUCGCAAAGAGUCAACGUUGACACGAUAGCUAAGCCCUACACCUGCUGGGCUGUAUGAGAGCUGGGUAUAGGACUUGGCUGUGCAUUCCCAGCCACUUGUUUACACAAAAUUCAACAACUAGGAUAUUUCUAGCAUUCACUGGACACGGCAAUAUCCUCUGCUAGGCAAGGUUCUGCUUUCUACCUCCGACGAUGAAUGGUUUUCCAGCAAAGUUUAUGCUGGUUAUUGCAGCACUAGUGUUGCUUCUCAUGGGGGAGUUCCAAGCAACAUGUGCUUUUCUUCGCGCUGAAGCUGAUCAAGGUAUUGUGAAGAGUACUUUGUCGCAUGUUGACUGUACAAGAGAUGGCUUGAGAAAGAUAAAUACUGGAAGAAAAGAAGGUAGCUUUGGAUCAUGUCAAACUGACAUUUUUGGCAAGAAAAUAGUGACCAUCCGACGCAACCUAAGACCAUUGAAAGGGCCCAAGCCACCUUCUCCCACCAAAAACUUCCCUCCGCACUUCCGACGUCCUGAUCUGCCUCUUCCACCGUCACCACCUCCACCAUCAUUCAACGAUACUUACUCUCCGGAAUCCUAAGUAAUGUUACACAGUACUGCAUCAUUUGGUAUACAAAUUUGAUGAAUAAAUUUAGUGCGUUUAGCAUUA